GAUGUUUGAGGCAUUGAAUUGAACGCAAUGUUUAUCGAUGUGAUGAUGAGUUAAGAAGUGAUGACAUGACAUGAGAUGUCUCUCCCGACCCGUCGGUGUUGUGGCCGCCGAAGAGUGAGACACCUGUUGCUGUUGACAGUCAUUCCUCUGGUGUUUAUCUCAAUGUUUGUCACAUUUUUUAUUGUCAAAUAUUCGCAACAAAAAGAUAACACAAUCGUGGACGACGAUGUCAUACGUGUCCUUCCGGGCCAUCAGAACCAGUAUAUCAACAAAAAGGGUGUCCACGUUAUCGUCGGCCACUAUAACGGCGGACAUGGAUUCACUUGGAAUGGAUCGCCUAAUAAUACUGAUGAAUUUCUCAAUCAAAACAAUUACUCUCCGGUACCACAAGCCGGUGAAAAUGGUGUCGCCGUUUAUAUCCCAGAGUUUGAACAAAUGAAAGUGAAGGCAUUGUUUCAUAUCAAUCAAUUCAAUCUAUUGGCCAGCGAUAGGAUAGCAAUGAACAGAUCUCUUCCAGACGUCAGAUUAGAAGGAUGUAAACGAAAGAGAUAUCCAAAAAUACUUCCGACAACUUCUGUGAUAAUAGUGUUUCAUAACGAGGCCUGGAGUACAUUAUUGAGGACCGUAUUCUUAGGCAAACAAUUAGAGGAAUAUGUAUCUAAACUACCGGUUAGUGUGAAAGUGUUGCGAACGGGCAAACGCUCGGGUCUAAUACGGGCCAGACUUAUAGGCGCUAAAGUGGCCAAAGGAGAUGUCCUCACAUUUUUAGACUCGCAUUGCGAGUGCACUAUAGGAUGGCUCGAACCGCUCCUCUCAAGAAUUGUUGAGAACAAGUCUCGAGUUGUCUGUCCUGUUAUUGAUGUGAUAAGUGAUGACAAUUUUAAAUAUAUUCCGGCCUCAGACAUGACUUGGGGUGGAUUUAAUUGGAAACUCAACUUCCGGUGGUAUCGCGUUCCUCAACGAGAAUUGGACCGAAGAAAAAACGAUCGAACACUUCCAGUGAGGACACCGACAAUGGCCGGCGGUUUGUUCUCAAUCGAUAGGCAAUACUUUGAGUUAUUGGGGAAAUACGACGAAGGGAUGGAUAUCUGGGGCGGANUGUGGGACAGGUAUCGCGUUCCUCAACGAGAAUUGGACCGAAGAAAAAACGAUCGAACACUUCCAGUGAGGACACCGACAAUGGCCGGCGGUUUGUUCUCAAUCGAUAGGCAAUACUUUGAGUUAUUGGGGAAAUACGACGAAGGGAUGGAUAUCUGGGGCGGAGAGAACCUGGAGAUGAGUUUCCGCAUUUGGAUGUGCGGCGGGACUCUCGAGAUCGUGACGUGUAGUCAUGUCGGACACGUGUUUCGGAAGUCAACGCCGUAUACCUUUCCCGGCGGGACGAGUAAAAUAGUGAACCACAACAACGCGAGACUCGCAGACGUAUGGCUCGACGAAUGGAAAGACUUUUAUUAUGCCAUAAAUCCGGCGGCAAAGAAGGCGGAGAUGGGAAACACUGAGUCUCGCAAACAAUUAAGACGAGACCUUAAAUGCAAAAGCUUUCGAUGGUAUUUAGAGAAUAUAUAUCCCGAGAGUUCUAUGCCUUUAGACUACUAUUCUUUGGGAGACAUUAAAAAUAUUGAUAACAACAACUGUUUGGAUACAUAUGAGCGUAAAAGUGGUGAAAAUUUAGCGAUAGCUAAAUGCCACGGAUUGGGAGGAAAUCAAGUGUUUGCGUAUACGAAGAAAAAGCAGAUUAUGUCUGACGACAAUUGUUUGGACGCUUCGAAUGCUAAGAGUUCUGUGAAAUUGAUUCGCUGUCACGGAAUGGGAGGCAAUCAGAUGUGGGAUUUCAGCGAACGCACAAAAUCUAUUGUUCACAGAAAUACUGGUCUUUGUUUAGAUAAAGCGGAUCCCGAGAAAGACUCGACUCUACCGGUGCUUAAGCGGAAUCGCCUGAACGCCAAGAGAACGGUUCUCAUCACUCGAAUGCGUCCAAUCGGAGCGCAUCGGGCGGUCGCGGCUCAGAGUCUCCAACUCGUCGGUCGCGAACCCACUCCCGGUCUCCGCGUCCGACCGCUCGCUCGCGAUCGCCGCGAAAGAGAUCCCAUUCAAGGAGUCGAUCUCAUUCUCAUCGUUAUAGUCGCCACCGAAGAGAUCACUCAAAGUCACGCUCAAGAAGUCCUCGAUCUCGAAGAGUGUAAAAGUGGUCGCGAAAGACGAUCUUCGGGAGACGGUUACGAGCGAAAGUCACGCCACGACAGCGGCCACGAGUCGCACUCUAAGCGUCAUAGAGACCACUCGCGGUCCCCAAUGUCUUCUCGUCGCCGACACGUUGGCAACCGCGAGGCCCCGCCCACCAGUCGCUGCCUCGGGAUCUUCGGCUUAAGUAUUUACACACAAGAGAGGGAUUUGAAGGACGUGUUCGCCAAAUACGGGCCCUUAGAAGACGUUCAGAUUGUUUUUGACGCACAAAGCGGUCGCUCGAGAGGAUUCGCGUUCGUCUAUUAUGAAGACAAGAACGACGCGGCGAUGGCCAAAGACAGGUGUAAUGGCAUUGAAAUCGAUGGCAGAAAAAUUCGCGUUGACUUCUCGAUCACACAAAGAGCUCAUACGCCCACUCCUGGCAUAUAUAUGGGGAAACCAACGUAG